UAGUUGUGCAUGUAACAUUAGUGGCAGCUUGAAAAAUUUCCUACAAAAUCAAAUUUGGAAAAGUAGCAUCCAUUGUUGGACUUGAAGUGUUUGGUAGAUCUCUUGCAGGAGUUGUUCUCCACCUCAUUGUCAUGAUAUAUAAGAUAGGAAAGAAGUGAAAACUGGAUGCAUUAUCUUUAAUCAACAAAAACCGGUGAUGCAUAAUCUCACUCAACAAAAACCAAUGAUGGUUAUUGUCAGGAAGAGUUAUUAGGAGCAGCUCAAUUAGUAAAAAGAAGAAAUUUAGAAAGUUGAGUGAAGAAAUCUUUGAAAAAAAGUUUGAGAGACUGAUGUCCUAAAAUGUACAAUAUAGGCACACCAUUCAUUGGAACAAUAAACAAAUAAUUAGGCAAAUUUAAAAAUUCUCUCUCUUUAGCAAUCAAAUGAGUUUAGAUUAUGGAUUCACUUUCUAACAUUCUACUAAAAAAUGACUAAAAUGUUUAUGCGCAUAGCAAAGUUUUAAGUUCUUUCGUUUCUUUACAAAUGAAGUAUUGUGGACUAUUUAACACGUUUAAGUUUUUUUCUCAUUUCAGAAACUGGUUCAAUUUAUUAAAUUGGUCAAUAAUUUUAGUCAAAUUAUAUAAUUGCAUGUUACUUCUUUAAACUUGUUAAUGUAACUUUGUCUUCAGUUAGGCUUUAAAAUUUUAAAAUUAGUUAGUGGUUAGUUAUGCAUUCUAAGCUAUAUGAGAAGGACACAAUCAUCAAAUAAAUUAAAUGGUUUUGGAAGAUUUACAAGAACACCUUGAUGAUUCUCUAGUGCAUAAUGGUCAUGGGCUGCUUAGUGUCAAUUACAUCUUACAUAAUGAAGUAUUCAAACAACAACUUAAAGAUUACAUUUUUGGAUGGUCUUGGGAAUUUAGUUGAACUGAUAAUUGCAACGUGUUGAACAACAUUGUCACUCACAUUUCCAUUGUAAAUCCUUUUGUGUAUUACAAUAAUUGUUCUGAAACGUAAUAGAAGCAUUAAAUUUGAUAUGAGUUUUUUUGCUUUAUAAUAACAGCUAAGUUAUUGUUCCAAAACGAAAUAUGAUUAGUGUUUGGUUAUACAUACAUGUACUUGAUGUAGCCUUUUGAUCUACUACAUGUCAUGCAACUACAACUUGUUAACAUGGAUUUGGAUAAUAUAGAUGUUUCAGUGUUUGUUGCAACACAAAGAGAAUAAUACAUAUCAUAAUAUGUUAGUAAGAUAUUAAACUUUAAUUUUGACAAUGAUUACCAAUUUGCUCGUUUGAAGGUUAAUUAAGAAUUUUUUUUUUUAUUAAACAUAUCACUAAUUUACAAUUUAAAAUUAGUUUAUCUAAUUAUAAAUAUGAAAAAAAUUAAAAUCUAAUUGGUUACACAGUUUUUGACAAAGUUAAAGUUACAUAGAUCAUGCAAACAUCAAGUAUCGUGAAUAUCUUGCGGUGAUUAAAAUACAAUCUAUUUUUUGCGGUUAUUUGGUAAUUUCCUUUCGUUUAUUACUACUAUUUGUGGUAAUAUCUAUUUUGUCUUAUUUUCUGAAUUCAGUUUAGAAAUAAAUCAUUUUCUUGCCUUAGUUUAAAAUAAAAUGGUUAGAUUUCUUAAAAAAGAUCACGGGGAUUAUCGUCUAUACCACAUUUUUCGAUGUCGUAAACCUUCUGCUGCUUCCUCUUCUCUAGACGAUUGAUUAGACAAUAACCUUCUAUAUUCCCAUUUUUUAAUAAUGGCAAUUGAAUAUUCUCUGUAUAAAGUAAGUAAUCUGUUUUGUGGAAACCCAAAAGUUUAAUUUUGCAUUUUUUUCUUAUUUUUAUAUUCACCGGUCAGGCAUUGAUUUCAGUUCAACCGGUUUUGUAAAUUGAUUUCGGUUCGAUCAAAUGUAGAGUUUACUAGCCUUAUGUUAGAAAUUUAUUCAUUCUUUCAAUCGACCGACCAUCAAUAAAUGCUUUUAUUUAAAUGGGGGGGGGGGGGGAAAUGUAGAGUGAACUAGCCUUUGGUUUGUGAAUGGUUCUCGCAGGACCACUUCAUACAUAUUGACAUAAAAGUCGCAUUGUUUUAUUUAUAGUCGAUUCAAGCUUUCUACGAUUGUAGAGAGGUUGACAAUAUACAUUUAAUGAUGUAAUUGUCUUUAUCAUAUUUAAUUUUCGUGAAUUCCUCGUGAAUAUUUCAAAAGUUCAAUUUCCUUAAAUGUCAACUAUUAUUUGUUUCAUUCCCUUUGGCGCUAACUUCUAUCAAAAGUUAUGCUUAUUUAAAUUUCAAUAUGCUUUUGUGGUCCAGUCCAUAAUUAGAGUUUGAGCUCCAGACUUUUGUAAGAAUUGAUAAUUAGAUUUUCUUGCGUUGAUUGAUUAAUGCUAUUGAAGGCAAGGAGAGCGUUAAGGGCACUCAAGGGAUUAGUUAAGCUUCAAGCUAUACUUAGAGGCCAUAUCGAACGAAAGCGAAUGUCAAUCCACCUGCGCAGGAUGCACGCUUUGGUUCGAGCUCAGGCUCGUGUUCGUGCCACUCGUGUUAUCGUCACACCUGAAUCAUCCUCUUCUCAAUCCAACAACACUAAAUCUUCUCACUUCCAAAACACCGAUCCACCAAUGCCAAAAAAACAAGAGCAUUCGAUCUCUUCAAGCUCCAAGCUCGAUCACUCUUAUAUUUUCAAGAGGAACAGUUCUUUGGCAAACAACAACAGACCGCUCUCAGCCAUGAACGAAGAAGAAAAGGUCCUUGAAAUCGACAGGAGUCACAACAAUUCUUACACCAGACGCAACAGACCAGACAUGUUCUACUCAUCCCACAUGGUCCCGGACAACUCAGGCCGGUCUGGACCAGUUUACGCCUUCCCUUUUAGCCCGUCCUCGUCACAUGAAGAGACUGUAAACCAGUUUUGCACUGCAGAGAACAGUCCUCAGUUACACUCAUCUACUUCUAUAAGCCAAGGCAGUGCUUUCACGGCUAGUUCUGUUGCACCGAGUGAUUGCACCAAAAGCUGCUGCUACACGGACCAUCCAAGAUUCAUGGCUUGUACAGAGUCAUCUAGGGCCCGGUCCGCUAGUGCCCCAAAGUCGCGUCCUCAGUUGUACCACGAGCAGUCAUCGUUGAAACGGUUUGGACUUGUAGAUGUGCCAUAUUGUGGUGAUACGAGGUCUGGUCCGCAGAAAGUUUCUGCUGUGCACACUAGUUUUAUGAACAAGGCUUAUCCCGGUUCAGGUCGGUUGGAUCGGCUUGGGAUGCCAACUGGGUAUAGGUACUGAGAAAUGCUGUUGGACCGGGUUGUUCUAUUUGGUUGGGGUUGUGAUAAAUUGAUAAUAAUCAAAUGUUGAAAAGGAGAACUGGUUAGAUCAGUUGACUAAGCUUUGCUGUUA